CCAGUCAAAAAUUCUCUAUGACAAAUCAAAGUUGGUAGUUGCAUUAUGCUUUCUGCAUGUCGUUUUAUUCGUCAGGCAGGUCGAAGAGCGAUACACACUGCAUCCCAAAACAUGGCCCAACUCAAGAUUGCUAUUAUUGGCCAGUCACAGUUUGGCUUAGAAGUGUACAAGAGUCUUCGUAGUAAAGGACACGAGAUCGUUGGUGUCUUCACUAUCCCUGAUGUAAACGGUAAACCAGAUGUCCUGGCCAGUGGAGCGGAAGAAGAUGGAGUCAGAGUCUUCAAAUUCCCUCGUUGGAGAGUCAAAGGAGAGCCUAUAACGGAUGUAGUCAACCAAUAUACCCAGUGUGGUGCUGAGCUAAACGUUAUGCCAUUCUGCAGCCAGUUCAUUCCGAUGAACGUGAUUGACUUCCCUAAACAUGGCUCAAUCAUUUACCAUCCAUCGAUUUUACCUCGUCACCGUGGUGCUUCUGCUAUCAAUUGGACAUUGAUGGAAGGUGAUAAGAGAGGAGGGUUUACGAUAUUCUGGGCAGAUGAUGGUUUGGACACCGGGCCAAUUCUGCUGCAGAAAACUGUGGACAUAGAUCGCAAUGACACUGUUGAUACCUUAUACAACAGAUUCUUGUAUCCUGAGGGAAUCAAGGGAAUGGUUGAAGCUGUAGAGCUGAUCGCUGAUGGUAAAGCACCAAAAAUCCCCCAGACAGAAGAUGGAGCAACAUAUGACAAAAUCUGGAAAAAGAAGGAAGUCGCAAAAAUCAACUGGGGACUUCCUGCUGCAGCACUGCACAAUUUUAUUCGUGGAAAUGACAAACUGCCUGGUGCUUGGGCAACCAUCGAUGGAGAGCAAGUUACAUUUUAUGGCUCCAAUCUUGGACCAAGGAAGAGAGUUCCACAAGGAUCAGAAGUCUACAUUGAUGGUCAUGAUAAACCAGCCAUAGUGCACAAAGAUGGCAUGACUCUCUUCGGGUCAGAUGGCAAAAUGGUAACAGUAAAAACCCUGCAGUUGGCUGAUGGAAGGAUGGUUUCUGCCUCCAAGUAUGGACUAGAAGAAGAGGAAACAGUUGCUUUAGAGCUCACCGAUGAUGAAAAAGUCAUUAUGGAAAAAAUCAAGACAAUAUGGUCUGGUAUCUUGGCCAAUCCUGACAUAAAUGACGAAACAGACUUCUUCAAGGCUGGAGCUGGUUCCAUGGAUGUAGCAAGGCUUGUUGAAGAAUUAAAGCAGAAAUGUUCGGUUAUCUUGGAGGCUGAAGAAGUUUACCUCAACACAAGAUUUGAGGCAUUCCUCAGAUUAUCUAUUUUGAGGUCGAGAGGAGAAGGCAAGGAAGAGUUUACUUGCAAUACUACUGACUUGGAAGUGAAUGACAUGACUAUUCACAUGCCAUAUCAGUUGUUCAUUGAUGGAGAGUUUGUAGAUGCCCACCAUGGAAAAAUGUUUGAGUCAAUCAACCCGACUGAUGGAAGUGUUUUGGCCAAAGUUUGCCUUGCAUCACAUGAGGAUGUUGAUCGUGCUGUUGAGGCUGCUAGGGUUGCUUUUGAGGAAGGUCCCUGGGGAACUAUGAAUGCAAGAGACAGAGGAAAACUGAUGAAUAAACUUGCAGACCUUAUGGAAGAACACACAGAGGAACUAGCCACUAUUGAAGCUCUUGACUCUGGUGCCGUAUACACUUUGGCACUCAAGACCCAUAUUGGAAUGUCUAUCGAUACCCUCAGAUACUUUGCCGGUUGGUGUGACAAAAUACAGGGCCUGACCAUUCCAGUCAACAAUGCCAAACCUAACAAGAACCUGUGUUACACCAAACGAGAGCCCAUUGGAGUGUGUGGUCUCAUUGUGCCUUGGAACUAUCCAUUGAUGAUGUUGGCCUGGAAGAUGAGUCCUCUUCUUGCUGCUGGUAACACAGUUGUCCUCAAGCCAGCACAGGUCACCUCAAUGACAGCAUUGAAGUUUGCAGAACUGGCUGCAAAAGCUGGUUUCCCCAGAGGAGUCAUUAAUAUUGUUCCUGGUUCUGGAUCUGUGGUUGGUAAUCGUAUCUGUGAUCACCCAGAUGUGCGUAAAGUUGGUUUCACAGGAUCAACUCCUGUUGGUAAAGCAAUUAUGGAAAGCUGUGCAACCAGUAAUCUGAAGAAGUGUUCUCUUGAGCUGGGAGGCAAAUCUCCUUUGAUCAUCUUCAGUGACUGUGAUAUGGACAGGGCUGUUAGACAGGGAAUGAUGGCUUGUUUGUUUAACAAAGGAGAAAACUGCAUUGCUGCUGGUCGGCUGUUUGUAGAAGAGUCCAUCCACGAUGAAUAUGUCGCAAGACUGAUUGAAGAGGUCAAGAAAUUAAAGAUUGGUGAUCCUCUGGACAGAGCUACAGAUCAUGGACCUCAGAACCACAAGGCUCAUUUGCAGUCGUUGAUUGAUUAUGUCAAGAAAGGUGUAGAUGAGGGAGCUAAACUUGUGUAUGGUGGAAAGCACCUCGAUAGACCUGGGUAUUUCUUCGAGCCCGCAAUAUUUACUGAUGUUGAAGAUGACAUGUUUAUUGCUAAGGAAGAAUCCUUUGGUCCUAUUAUUAUCAUCUCUAAGUUUGAUGACGGUGAUGUAGAAGGGGUCCUGGAGAGUGCCAACGACACAGAAUACGGACUUGCUUCUGGUGUCUUCACGAAGGACAUCAGCAAGGCGCUUCGAGUGGCUGACGGGCUACAGGCUGGUACUUGUUUCGUCAACACGUACAACAAAACCGACGUAGCUGCACCAUUCGGUGGAUGCAAGCAGUCUGGAUUUGGAAAAGAUCUUGGAAUGGAAGCAUUGAAUGAGUAUUUGAAGACAAAAGUCAUUACUGUUGAAUACUAGUCCCAAUAUUAUAUCAACUGUUCCUGAUAACUGACCUACAUUGUUUGGCGAGCUACCAAGAGAUAUUCUGUCAAGUCGUUCCAUAGUCCAAGUGCAUUAUGGGUCACGAUCCUGCAUCUGUAGUUUUCCUAAAUCAAUCGUGUUCACUGUACCGUUUUAGCAUUCUACGCAAUGUUUUCCUAUCUCCUACAUCUCUUGGGAAAAACAAUAACUGAAUGAGGAAACCUCUGGUUCACAUUGUAUGUAUAAUGCAUCGAAAUCAUGGGCUGACCUAUGUCUCUUUCUAGAAAUUUUAUAAACUGUUCCAGGUUAAGGAAAAGAAUCUUUUUUCUUUUUAGUGUGAGAUUACCCACAACUUUUGAAAACUAGCUGCCUUUUUAAUUAUAGAGCAGGUUUCGAAUGGCUGUAAAAACAAUUCCGGGCAUUCUGAUUGGACGAACGUUUCGGUAUUGCCGAGUGCUGAACCUUCGAACUGGUCGAUAUCUGCUUUUGAAAAUACUAUAUAUUGUCCGUCUUACUUUGGUCUUCGUAUACCCACUUAUAUUUUUAGAUCCUAGUGUUGUUAGUGCCUCCAUGAGGUUAUAGUAAAAAUCGCUGAUAAAAGUUUGCAUUACUUAAAGAUUUUAGGCACCCGAAAGUUCGCACAUCCAAGCAAUAAUAGAUUAUUUAACUUCAUAUAUCUUUAUAUUUCUUAGUAUAGGCGAUUUAUUGUAUAUUAGGUUAAUAUGUAUCCAGAAAAGCUUUGAAAUGUUAGAUAUAUCACUUGGAAAAUCAUGAUCCCAGUUUUUACGGGGGGGGGGGGUGAACGUGUUGCUAAGGAUAACUCAACUUUUUGUUGACCCCCCCCCCCCCUCCCCCGGAAAAGUUUUGACGAAAGACGAAAAAUUUGCGUCUAGCUCUAGGGUCACUCGACGUUCAUUUAUACCGCGUAUUUCUAUCCUAUAGAAUUAUGAUUUAAACUCACUAGCGUCUCGAUCUCAUAUCUAGAAUAAUUUUGAAAGUGAUUUUUGUAGGAAAAUUUUAACUUUACUUUAAGGUAGAAAGGCACAGAAAUUUGAAGCCUUUAAUGCCUCAGUAUGUGCAAAGCUCUUUGGCUGAAGCCGGUAUUUUAGCCUGUUACAUUUGAAUUACAUGUCUAUAGGUGCGGCAAUGCGAGCAACAAAAUCUUGGAGCGUGUCGCUGAUCUUGGCGCUACAAAUUGUAAAACAUCUCUUUGCAGAGUUAAGAGAAAUUCUACUUUGAACAAAGAAGGGAUGUAUUGCACAAGGCUUGUGUCAAUAUUUUUUGUUAUAGAUCGCAGAUUGAAUAUUGCCCUUAUUCUUAUACCAUUUCUUUGUUGCAAAGGUUAAAGAGAACUUCAAAAAGAAUUUGUUGCGGUCGGGCUGGUAGUAAUCGGCGUUUUUUAAGAGUGUUGCCCGUAUUACGGCACCUUUGUGGACGUUGGAAAGUUGCUUUAUAUUUUCUAAUGUAGGAGUUUUUUUGUUUUGUUUUGUUUUGUUUUGUUUUGUUUUGUUUUUUUUGAGUCCGACACGCUGGAUUUAGAUAUUAAUAUUGUCAUUAGUGUUUUUUAUUUAAAAGUGACAGUUAUUGUAUGUAGAAAGAAGGUGUUUGACUUAUAUUGAUAUUUGUUGAGAGAGAACAACUUUUGUGUAUUUUAGCAAAUUGACUUUGCGCCCCCAAAACGUUAUGUUACACGUUUUAUUUCAAAAACUUUAAAAUUACCCUAUAAAUUCUAAAGAGCCGCAAUUUUUUGUUUCCGACGCCCCUGGAAUGUUUGCUGAGGGCUGGAGAUACGGUACAACCAACCGUUGCGUAGAACAUCUUGAUGGAAGCAUUGAAAUUAUAUCGUGUGUCCAGCUCUGCAAAAUUCCGAUUUUACUUUCACGUAUCAGGGUACCUUUAGUAACCUUUUAUGAACAGGCCAGGGGUGCUUACCAUUUACCCGGAAAGACCGGAAAUUCCGGUUGGAAAACAAAUGGUAUGCAUCAUUGCGAUCAGAAAGUUCCGUAAAACUCGGUCUUACAAUUGAGAUAAUCCACUUUUCCCGCAUUUUUCGGUUCUUUCAGUAGACGCGUGUACCAUUUAUCGAAAGUCAAAGUUUCCCGCUCUUUUCUUACCAUUAGCGAACGAAUUUCCAACCGGAUGGAUUGGUUUAAAUGGUAAGCAUCCUAGGUUACCCAUAGUAACCGGUGCACAACAGAUUUCCUCCUAUGAACAGGUCGUUACUUUGCUGUCAAUAGGGUGAUGCUAUCAGGCAAAGAAGUGGGACUUUUUAUGCGGUUAUCAAAAGAUGCGCGCAACGAUUGCGUGGUACAGUCAUUGUAAUGAACGUUUUCCACUGAAAAUUACAUUUCCACUAUAACAAAUGUCAAGGGAAUAUACUUGCUCUAAAUGCUCGAUUCCAGCAAUUAUUAUAUACAAAAAUAGACUUCAUAAUGAUUAUCCUAUUGUUCAUUGUUAUACUCGUAAAGUUUAUAACCAGAAAGUAUAUCGUUUGAGACGAAUAAACAAACCAUCACGUGA